AUGGGUCUCUUCGACGUCGGCUCGCUCCGAGUCAAAAAACUUUCGAGCUCCAAGGACGUUUCCACCAGCAACGACGCUCAAGCCUUAUGGCGAUCGAUCGACACGGCAUCGACCAAGCACCUUGGAGUCUACUCGGAUGCACGCAAUGGCGCCUCGGCUCGUUCUCUCUCUGCAAACCACGCAGUCGUCUCGCCAGGUGUUGCAUCGGCAGGGCUGCACUCGCAACGCAGCGUAUCCGUGUCCACCUCGAGAGACGCUGCUAGGCAGACCAAGCUCGAACGUAUGAUGGGUGCCGGUGUGCCCCAAGUACAAGUCAUAAACCGCCAAGAACGGCGCGCACCUUCGGGUCUCGUUGACCGGGCACAGCCUUCGAUCGACUCGUUCCAUCACCGCAGCCAGCAAGCCUCCUUCUCCGCCGCCCGUAAUCCUGCUAUGAGCAGGACCUUGUCCGUGUCAGAGAUGAGCGAGGCCCACUCGUCUUUCUCGCGUACUUUCUCCUCUGACAUCUCCAAUACCGUGGGUGGCGCUACUACUUUCACCGAGAUGUCCGAAGUUGACUGCCCCGUCUGUCUGGAGCCGCUGUCGCACCGGCUUGCGGGCGAAAAGCCGCACGUCGUUCCCUUGUGUGGCCAUGCCCUGCACAACGCAUGCUUCACUGCCAUCUACGGCCCUCCCGAGGCACUGAUGGCCGCUCAUAAUUCGGGCAGUCGAUUCCGUGGAGCUGGUGCCGCUUCUAGGCAAAGCAUCUCUUCUCCCGGUAUGUGCGGUGUCUGCCGAAAGCCCAUUGCGCUUGGCGAAGGCAACUCCAGCAAAUCACAAAAGCUCGCUGGGAUCAAGACGCUUGCUUCCGAUAAUCCUCAGUCCCGAUCAACGCACUCGUUUGCUGACCAAGAAGAGAGCGCGCAAGCACACAACGACGACCCACUGGAGUCGCAGCAGCCACUUAAAGCGCGAAACACGAUGAGCUCAGCUGCUUCCUUCUCGUCUAGCUCGUCCAACAGUCAGACCCUCCCGACCUUGCGAGCCAAACCCGAGUUCCCCACCAUCUACUGCAAACCAAGCGGAAAGCAGAACGGAAAGCUCAAUGUGGUCUCGGUGCUGUCCAUCGAAGUGCCUAGCCGUCGCACUCCUUACGAGAUGCGCGAUCAUGCGCUCGACACCAUCUCGGACGAGUUUGCUGAAGAGAAGAGCGCAGAUGGAGCGCGCGAGGACGAUGAUUCCUGGUCAGAUGAUCUCAAGAGAAGCGGUACAGGCUGGGAAACUCAUGGUGUCGACGCGCUUGCAACUGCCGAUCCUUCCCGCAGCCCCAUGCCCGAGGCAAGUGUUGGGUUCACCGAGCAAGGCGACAAACAAAACGUCAUGUCACGCCCCGACACGAUCGAAGAUCAAAGUGCUACUCCGGCCGGCACCCCUGCCGCCGAUCCGACUCGCGCCAUUCUUGACGACCUACAGUAUCGCGUGGCUGACUGGAAGGGCCACUCGAUCGAACACUUUGGCCCUCUCGUUCUUCACGACCUGCUCAACAUUCGUCAGGAUUCCGUGGUCCGUGAAUUCCACGUCUACCUCUUCCAAGAAGCGCUGCUCUGCGUCACUGAAGAGCGACGCAAAGGCUUGGGACGUUUCAUCUCAAAUAGUGACGCCAACGCUGGCAACGCAAAUGCCGUCGAAGCCGAGACUGGCAAACCUGCCUUGAAGCUCAAAGGUCGCAUCUACCUCCGUCACAUUCGGCGCGUUCUCGACUCGUCCGUGGCGGACGAACACAGUCUCAGCAUCACCAUGGAUGACGAGAACCUCGAACAAUUUGUGCUGUGCUUCCGAGAGACGGGUACCAUGGACGUGUGGCGCUCCCGUCUCAAAGAGUUGACCGAAAACGUUGAUCCUGCUUCCGCCCUUCCAGCUGCUCAAACUGCUGCAGCUCCUACUGUUCAGACUUCAUCUGAUUCGCCGGAACACCGAAAAUCGACUGCAACAGCGACUGAUAUUGCGGGGGCUCCCGGGUUGAGCCCUCAGCGUCCUCUUGCAUCGCAGACCGUCACUAGCGGCUCUGCUUCCGUCUUGAGCGGAAAGUCUGGCUCUCACCACGGAGGAGUUACGACCCUCCAAGCGCGCAACAGCAAAAGGAUGUCCAGUGUCUCUUCAAGCCACAAUAGCAACCUUGCCAACGGCGCCAAAGCAGCACAACGAGUUUCGGUCUCGAGCGACACAGUGCCUUCGCAUCAGCAAUGGGCGAGCUCCGGUGGUCUAGAUCCCCGAGUCCCACCCCCCAGCAUGCUCCCUCACACGCCCAUCGACCUUGUCCUCAUGAUCUCGGUCCCGUCGGUGCUGCCGGAGCAUGUUUCGGGCUCCAUAAGCUCGUCGGCUGCGCUCAAGUUGCGCCUCAUUCGUUCCUCGCUCGACUUUGUGGUCCACAACCUCGGGCCCAACGACCGCAUCUCGAUUGUUGCAUUUACCGUAGGUAUCGACGGCGAAGUCAAGAGGACAGGUCUGCUCAACCCGCACCGCGAAGCGAGCCGACACCUGUUGCAGGAAUUCAUCCAGAACAUCGGCCGUCCUUGGGAUACACCGGAUGCGGACCCUUUCAACGUCGAUCUCACCCAGCUGGGAGGCUCCAGUGAGCGCAUCGACUCGGUGACGGCGGUCAAUGUCGGCCUCGACGUGGUGCUCGGCAGGAAAGCGAAGAACCCGGUGACGACAAUGAUGCUGAUCAACGACACCUCUGACGGGCCCAAGCGCAACCAGAUGGACUUGGUCAUGGCACGAGCAGAGGCGGCCAACGUCGCCAUCCACUGCUUUGGUUACGGCAAAACGCACGACCCUUCGUCGCUCUGGCUUAUCUCAAACCACACCAGAGGCUCGUACACGUUUGUGCGCGAAUGGUACCAGCUACGAGAAUGCAUUGCCGGCUGUCUCGGCUCCAUGAUGUCGGUCGCAUUGACGGACGUCAAGGUUCACAUUGGCGUUCCUCAAGACAACUGUUUCCGCAUCCGAAAGAUUGCAGGUCUGCCAGGCGCCAUCAUUUCCUCGUCCGGCAAGGAUGUCGACAUCGACAUCGGCGAGAUCAAGUUUGGUGAAGCCAAGGACCUGCUUGUCGAGCUCGAACUGGAUCUGGCUAGCUUGCUGCCGACCUUGAUGGAGAAUAGGCGCGAUAGCAAGAGCAUCGGUCUGGGCCCCAUUGAGCAGGGAAGUGCCACGGAUGACUUUAUGCAGAGGAUGGGCAUUCAAGAUCUCAGCUUGGCGGACUCUGAUGGAGCCGAGGGCUUCCUCGAGCAGAUGGUGGAGGAGAUUGGCGUGUUUGAGGCCGACGUCAGCUUCAAAGAUCCCGCUACGGGAUUGAACACGUCGCGACUUCCCAAUCCGGGUGUGCUGACGCUCGAGAUUGACACGCACUCCACCGAUCCAUUGACGAAUGGUCCGCCUGGCUUGGCAGCAGUGGUAGCCGAGCCAACAGUGACGCGUCGACGACUUGAAGUGCUGGUCUCGGAGAUGAUGACGCGCUCGCUGCUGCUCAUCUCGCGCAAGAACUACGGCCAAGCGCUUAGAGUCAUCACCGAGACACGACGCAUCAUUGAUACGGUGGUGCAGGCGCUCAAUGGGCCCAACCAGUCGAAACGCCGCUCGCUGGUGGUGCAUCGUUCCAUACAAAGGAGGGUGCGCGAGGCUGCCAACCAACGCACCAUCUCCUCGCUCAUGGCUAUGAUGAGCGACCUCGACAUUCUGAGCGAAGGGCUGGAGCACCAGCAUCGUUCCAGCUUUGACCGCGAUGGACGCAAUUUUGGGGCGCAGCAGGCCAUGAUCCUGCGCGAUCAAAAGGCGUGGACAACCCGCACGGAUACCGAGUAUCUCUACUUCAGGGAUGACAAUGCUGCGGCUUUCACGGCUUGGUCUGCGUCGUUUGCUUCGAUGCGAUGA